GCCAUUUUGAAAAACGCCACCGCUGAGCGCCAUGGACAAGAGCCACACAGUGAAGCUCUUUGUGGGAAACUUGGCAUUGGACACCACCCAAGAGGAGUUGUCAGCCAUCUUUGAGUCCUAUGGCCAGGUAGUUAGCUGCAGCGUGCUGCGACAGUUCGCCUUCGUCCAUCUGCAGGGUGAAGGUGCCGCCGAGCGCGCCAUCCGGGAGCUCAAUGGACGCGAGUUUCGCGGGCGGAAUUUAGUGGUGGAGGAGUCGCGUGGGAGGCCGCUGCAUUCCACCAAGGUUUUUGUGGGUAAUUUGAGCGGGAUGUGCACCACGGAGGACCUCCAGGAGCUGUUCCAGACCUUUGGGAAAGUUCUGGAAUGCGACAAGGUUAAAGCCAGGCAUUCCUCUUCCGCAGGCUACGCCUUCGUCCACAUGGAGAACAAGGAGGACGCACUCCAGGCCAUCGAGGCCCUCCACGGCACCUCCUUCAAGGGCCGUCCCCUCUCUGUGGAGCUGUCUAAGGUCCAGCCCAGCAAGCAGACGCCCACAGGGAAGAUCCCAUGUGUGAGCUGUGGGAAGCAGGGGCACUAUGCCGGGGAGUGUCCUGUGGGGAAGCCCUCCCUGGAGCAGUACCAGAGCCAGGCAGCCGUCCUUGCUGCAGCCGCAGCCGCCGCCGCCGGCCUGCCUCUACAAGUCCAACAGAGUGUGCACAACUCAGUCUACAACACCUCCACCUUCGACCCCACCUAUGCCGCCCUCACCGGGCUCACCACAGGCACACGCACAGAUGGUAACCCUGUGAACCCAGCCGUGUAUGGCGCCCUUGCCAGCCAGGUGUAUGGCGCCAACGUGGCCAAUCAGCUCUAUGGAACAGUGGCCAAUCAGGCGGCUCUGACAUCAGGCACUGCGCAGGUGUAUGGCUCGGUGACACCCAACAUCUACGGCCAGGUGGCUGCUGCACCAGCCGCUGCGGCCGCAGCGGCAGCAGCAGCAGCUUACAGCACCCCUGUUUACACACCCACGGUGGCCAACCCCCAGCUCUACCUCACCGCCGCUCACGGCAUUGAGAUGCCCACCGCUGGGGCAGCAGUCAACCCUGCAUACACCGUUGCCCCAGCAAUAUACGGCGCCGCUACUCCGGCCUACGCCCACAUUAGUGCCAUGGGGGCAGCAGCGGCCAUGGGAGCAGACCCCACAUCAGCCAUUUUGGAGGCAGCCCGGCAGGCACACUACUUUGCCCAGGGGCAGCAGGUUCUGGCUGAGCAGCAGACGGUAGCAGCCGCGGCUGCUGCUGCGGCUGCAGCCAAGUCAGGCGAGCGCGACCGGAGCCCCCUGCGCAGGUCGGCGCCACUCCUUCCGGACCCGGUGAUGAAGCCUUUCAUGUAUCAGAGAGCCAAGCCACGCCGGCCCCUCCUCCCUACACCAGCCGGCCGGGCGGCAGAAGAGGCUGCGGAGGUGCCAGACGACCCCAUGGCCAGGUACUACACGGAGUAUUACCAGCAACUGCAGCAGUACCCCCAGUUCCAGUACGCCUACCCGCCCCCCAGCACGAUGACAGCCCUGCCUGGUAUGGCAGGCAUGGCGGGGGUCCCGGCCGUGUCCGCCAUGACAGCCCAGCCCGUCGCCACACUGGAUGCCCUCAGGCCAGUGGUCCCCACCGCCGCGGCAGUGGCAGCUGCCAUGGCCGCGCCCAGGGUGUAUGAGCCGCCGUUGCCGCCGCCUACGCGCAAGGAGGCCAUCCUCCGCCGCCCCGAACUCUCCCUUCACACGCCUGAUCCCCCCUUCCGAUAGUCGCACACAACUCUCUGCUCCUCCCGCUCCUCCUCAACCCCCCCGACCCCCCCCCCCCGCCCUGUUCCCCCCUGAUGCAUCACCUCUGCCCUCCCUGGUCCACCAGUUUCCAUCACCGCACAGCGGCUGUGUGUGUGUGCGCGUGUGUGUGAGUUUGAUCGUGUGUGUGUCUGUGGGGGAGGGAGGGGGUUGUGGGUUCCUUGGUUUAACCUGCUACAAGAGGGUCGUAACCAGCGGACCUCGGUUCUGACUUCUCACGUGCAGUGCAGCAAAACAAGGGACAGAGUUGCUGUCAUCGGUGUUAAUGGGCAUUCAAAGUGCUUCUCGGUUUAGUUUUCUUUUGGGGUUGUUGGUUUUUUGAGUUUUGUUUUUUUACUUAAUUGUGCCAGUCAAGUCUCACACUUGUGCCAGUAUUUGUCUGACCCGAUGAUGCCUUUUUAUUGUUUCUGCAAAUCAGUUUUGAUUUUCUCAGGCCAAACAUAACAUUUUUGAAACCAGUAGACCAUUCUCCGCAGGCCUAAAUGAUCAUUGAGGCAAUCAGUCUAAUCAGUCAUGGCAGCUAGUUUUGAAAUCCUUUUUCGCCUUACGUUGGAGAGUGUACCGAUCCGACGGGGAGUCAGAAACAAGCACACGUUGUGUACUGUCUGUACCGCCUCGUGGCCAGCAGAACCGAGGUCUUUUGGGCGAGCUGGGCGCUUCUCUUGCCCCGAAUGUGAAGCGACAGCUUUGUGAAGGAGUGAGUGAGUGAGAGAGACGUGUGAGCCGAGCUGUGGCGACCUUGCAGCACACAAAGGUUCAACACACUUUAGUACAAACAGCGGCUUCAGCUGCGGCUUCGGGCCGGAAAAAAAAAAGCAUAAAGCACACAUCCGUACUGUAAUGUAUGUUUUGAUCCUUUUCCCAACCCCCUCCCCCCAUCCCCACACAUUGUAACUAAGGAGCUGAAAGACACUGUCUCACCUCUCUCUCUCUCUCUCUCUCUCUCUCUCUCUCUCUCUCUCUCUCUCUCUCUCUCUCUCUCUCUCUCUCUCUCUCUCUCUCUCUCUCUCUUUCUCUAACACCUGUCUACCUCUGACAAUAAAUUUCAGUGGAGACGAACAGGCCCUCUACUUUCACUCUGUGCUGUCACACGACACAAGUGUAAUGCUUCGGUAAGCUCUCCACUGGUCUGUAGAAUUUCAGCCGGCUACCCGCAAAGCUUUCAUUGUCAGCCGUGUAGAGAGGGGACAGACAGCACAUUUUAAGACAUUUCUGUACUGUAUAUACACUUCAGUAGUCUCACUGUAUUUCUAGGCCUUUUUUUUAAUGUGUUUGUGUUUUACAUGUUUGUUUUUAAACGUAGUUUAAAUGGCGCCAAGUCGACCUGGGGUUCAGUCAGACACGUAAACCCUGCGGCUGGCCGGUGACUGAAUUGUUUACUACUUUAGCAGGCGCCAUCGCUGCAUUGUGGUGGUAUGUGACGAGCUAAACUAUGUGCCUACAAGCUCUGAAAGAAGUGCAUUAAGAGGAGGGAACUCCUGUUCUUUUAAGUGCUUUCGACUGGUUUCUUUUGAACCGUGUGGGUCGGGGUCGAGUCAGAUGACGGGGGUCUUCCAAAGCGCAGCGUCGGAUAGGCCACCAACAAAAAGCACAGCAGUUUUUUUUCCCCGUGGAAUAAAUAGCAGGAGAUUGUUUGAAAUGAUAGGAUUUUUUUUUGUGAGAAACCACGAUAGCAUUAGUACCAAUGACCCGAGAGAUGGAGCAGUGUCUUCCAGUCAGCCUCAACUACCUUCCUUUUCCAUUUACAACACCUGCAUCAAAUAGCAUUUGCAAAAAAAUCUGUGUUUCUAUUAAACUCAUAGUGCACUGUAAAAAACAAGACAAGCUCAUGAAGGUAUUUUAUCUUGUUUUAAGGGUCAUAAUGCUUAUUUCCAUGUUGGUGGUGUGGCUGGUCAUAUUUUCAUACCCCAUUUUCUUGCUUGUUUCCAUAAAGUGUGCUUUUUUCAUGAUAAUAACACUUGUUAUAAGGAAUUUUCCCUCAAUAGUUGAAAAAAAAAAUCUCAAGACCAGAAAGUUAGAGAGUUUUAUUUAUCAUGAAACCAGUACACUGUUCACACAAGCAGUAAUAUCUCAGUUUUACUAGAAGUAAGCAUUAUGAGACUAAGAAUGAAAAUACCUGGAUGAGCGUGUCUUCACUUUUUACAGUGUGAGACCAGGUGGGCAAGGUUUACUGCAUCGGGGUGGUCUUGAUCGUGUCAGAAGAUCUGUCAGUCACACCCGGCCGGCUGGUUUUCUGACGCCGUCUGCUGGGGUUUCAGGCAGUAAACCGUGCCGGGCCGGUCGUUCCUGCAGUUUAAAAAAAAAAAACUGAAUUCAAGAAUUAUUUGCAAAUAUUAUUUGAGUGUGGUCCGAUUCACGAUCACCUUCCUGCCUCACCCCCCCCCCCGGCUCCCUGCCCCCCGCCCCCGUGUGGUUUCAGUGGUUUGAUGACUUUUGCAUCUCACUAUGUAAUCUUUCUGUGUCGUAUACACUCACACACGCACGUGCACACACGCACACACACACAAACACACACACACACACA